CACACUCACUCGCAUCCACCAUAGCCAGAGUCUCCACACACACACACACACACACACUCACUCGCAUCCACCAUGAUCAGAGUUUGUCUGCUGCUGCUGCUGCUGCUGCUGCCUGCCAGUUCGGCGCUUGUCCAUCAUCUGAUACGGCUCCCUGACGCUGCCAGUGUGUGGGGUGUGUUCGAGGUGUCCCAGGUGCCCCACUACUCCUUCAACGCAUCCGUCGCCAGGGACGUCUGCCAGCAGAUGGGCGUCACCAUGGCAACCAAAGACCAGGUGGAGCAGGCCCUGCAUCACGGCCUACAGACCUGCAGGUUCGGCUGGGUGGAUGAGCAGAUCGCCGUGGUUCCCCGGCUGCAGGCCGUCAGCACCUGUGGUCAGAACCGCACGGGCCUGGUGACGUGGCGCGCUGCAGUCACCUCCCUCUUUGAUGUGUUCUGCUUCAACCAAACAGAUCAUGAGCUCCAACUGAGUGGCACAACAACGACGGAACGCCCCCUCAGAACGAGCACGUCUUCCUCACCCUCCUCUUCCUCAACUCCACCCUCCUCUUCCUCCUCAAUAUCUCCCACAGUCAAUCAAGGGGAGGAGGCCCUGAAUAGCAGACAGACAGCAGCUGCAGAGAUACCCACUGUGCUCGUGAUCUCUGUGAUGCUUGUGCUGCUGCUACUGGGAGUCACCACUCUAUGGUACAUCAGGAGGAAGGGGAGCUCCUGCCCCCUGCUGGGAGGACGAGGUCACUGCAAGCCCAGCGACACUGAACUGAAGGAGGCCUGCAUGGUCCACAUCACCUCCACCCAAACACUUAACACAGCACCAACCUCCACCCAAACACUUAACACAGCACCAACCUCCACCUCAACACUAAACACAGCACCAACCUCCACCUCAACACUUAACACAUCACCUCCACCUCAACACUAAACACAUCACCUCCACCUCAACACUAAACACAGCACCAACCUCCACCCAAACACUUAACACAGCACCAACCUCCACCUCAACACUAAACACAGCACCAACCUCCACCUCAACACUUAACACAGCACCAACCUCCACCUCAACACUUAACACAGCACCAACCUCCACCUCAACACUAAACACAGCCCCAACCUCCACCUCAACACUAAACACAUCACCUCCACCUCAACACUUAACACAGCACCAACCUCCACCCAAACACUAAACACAGCCCCAACCUCCACCCAAACACUUAACACAUCACCUCCACCCAAACACUAAACACAGCACCAACCUCCACCCAAACACUAAACACAGCACCAACCUCCACCCAAACACUUAACACAUCACCUCCACCUCAACACUAAACACAGCACCAACCUCCACCUUAACACUUAACACAGCACCAACCUCCACCUCAACACUUAACACAGCACCAACCUCCACCUCAACACUAAACACAGCCCCAACCUCCACCUCAACACUAAACACAUCACCUCCACCUCAACACUUAACACAGCACCAACCUCCACCCAAACACUAAACACAGCCCCAACCUCCACCCAAACACUAAACACAUCACCUCCACCCAAACACUAAACACAGCACCAACCUCCACCUCGACACUUAACACAGCACCAACCUCCACCUCAACAUCAGAAAUGUCCCCAGCGCCCUAAGCGUCCUUGUGCACAGGAACACAGAGCGGUGUGAGAGCUGCAUCCAGCCCGCGGGGCGUAGAUAUGGAUAUAGAACCCGCGGGGCAUAGAUAUAGAUAUAGAACCCGCGGCGCAUAGAUAUAGAUAUAGAACCCGCGGGGCAUAGAGACCAUAGAUAUAUCUAGAACCCGCGGGGCAUAGAGAUGGAGACCAUAGAUAUAGAUAUAGAACCCGCGGGGCAUAGAGAUGGAGACCAUAGAUAUAGAUAUAGAACCCACGGGGCAUAGAGAUGGAGGCCAAGAUAUAUCUAGAACCCGCGGGGCAUAGAGACCAUAGAUAUAUCUAGAACCCGCGGGGCAUAGAGAUGGAGACCAUAGAUAUAGAACCCGUGGGGCAUAGAGACCAUAGAUAUAGAUAUAGAACCCGUGGGGCAUGGAGAUGGAGGCCAUAGAUAUAUCUAGAACCCGCGGGGCAUAGAGACUGUAUAUCUAGAACCCACGGGUCAUAGAGAUGGAGACCAUAGAUAUAGAUAUAGAACCCGCGGGUCAUAGAGAUGGAGGCCAUAGAUAUACAGUGAGGAGCACAUGUAUUUGAUACCCUGCUAAAACAGGAAUAUAAAAUCAUCAUUUGACAAUUGAUCUUAAUGCCUUAACUCAAAAAAUUAGUACAAAUCAAACCGCCAAGGACACCAAUUUUCUUUGUGAUU